AUCUUUAUCCUUGUCUUUUCUUUCGUUUAGAUGCAUCCUCCAUCGUAACCAAGACUUUCCUUACACCCUCAUCACCCUCAUCAUUCCAUCUCCGUCAAGCUCAAUAGCGAUGGCGACCUCGAAACUACCGACGAUGCAAUACACCGCCGAUGAGUUUCUCGUCUGUGCAGGUUCCAUCCUUUUUCGCCACGACCCUCAUCCACGUCCCGAGACAUCGUCUGCAAGAGCUUCGUCGCCAUCGAAUUUACCCCCACUCCAAGUCUGCCUCAUUCUUCAUACGGGUCGGCAGGAAUGGCUCCUCCCGAAAGGUCGCAAAGAUCGCUUUGAAGCGAUCACCGCAACCGCCACCCGCGAAACCUUCGAGGAAACAGGCUAUCCCUGUAAACUCCUACCUCUCACUCUAGCCACCCGCGCUCCCCUCCCCGGAUCUCAAACCAAAGACUGUGUGGAAGUGGUACAAGGCUGCGAGGAACCGUUCAUGAUGACGCUGAGGAACGUGCCGAACGGAGGAGAGAAUGGGAAGGUGGGAGGAGUCAAAAUGAUAUGGUGGUUUGUGACGGUGGUGGAUGAGGCGGAGGAGGAGAAGGUGGAGGGUACGCAGACGGCGGUGGAGAGUUAUGUGAGUGAGUUUGUGGAUGUGGGCGAUGCGUUGGAGAGGGCGACGUUUCAAAGCGAUAGAGAUGUAAUUAGGAAGGCAGUCGAGUUGGUGAACGAGACAUAUGGAGGGGAUAUAAGGCACCUGCUAUGAGCGUGAGCGUCUCGUUUGAUAGGUUAGAAUCUACAUCACAGUCCACUUAGUAUUAGAAGUCUCGUCUUUCGCACAUCUGUAUCUGUAAUACAUCUGUCCCAUAAUCUACACUACGGUUUGCACCCGAUUUCUG